AUGAAUUGUCUUUGGAAGAAUCCUUUCAAGUGGGGACGUUGCACUGUUCACGCUGUGGUGAAUAAAUUCUUCUCCAAAACCGAAUUUCGUCAGGUUCUGUACUGGAAGGCAGUGUAUAAAUACUUGCGACGUUCUGCGUACACAGAAGCGAAGAACACCUUUUUCCUGACAUGUCCGAUAUUUUACGUCAAUGCAAAACCUCAUCUAGGUCAUGCAUAUACGAUGUGUUUGGCUGAUGCUUGGGCAAGAUAUGGAUCUUUACGUCACCAGUCAAUCCUAAAACCUUUUCAGCUGGACGAUAGUCCAUCCAUUUAUUCUACUUUCGGUCGUUGUAGCUUUGAUAAAACGUUCCUCUCUUGUGGUACUGAUGAGCAUGGAUCCAAAGUUCGCCGUGCUGCAAAUGCCUGCAAUUUGGAUCCACUACAGUAUUGUGAUCAAAUAAGUCCUUUAUUCGAGAGCCUUUGUCAUGCUACUCAUGUAAAGUGUAAUGAUUUUAUACGAACUACGGAAAACCGCCACAUGAAAGCUGUUCAUGAGUUUUGGAAACGUUUAGAAGAAAGCGGUUUCCUUUAUCGAAGCAAAUAUUCUGGUUGGUAUUGUAUUUCAGAUGAAGCGUUCUAUAUGCCAUGGGAGGUUGAUGAAACUUCUGCUUCUUUAAGUGGAACACCUGUAGCCAAAGAAACUGGUAAUCCGUUGGAGUGGAUUGAAGAGGAGAAUUAUAUGUUUAAGCUUUCAUCGUUUAAAAAUGAAUUACACACAUGGCUAGAUUCAGGAGUAUUUCCCAAAUCAUCUACUCAAUCAGUUUGGGGUGAAAUAGCACACAGCAUUGUAGAUACUGCUCAAGAUGUAUCUGUUUCAAGACCAAGAAGUCGUUUGGACUGGGGUAUACAAGUUCCUGGUGAUGAUGAACAAAUAAUUUAUGUCUGGUUAGAUGCACUGAUCAACUAUUUGACGGUUACAGGUUUUCCAUGGUCAGAUGAUAGUAGUUGUAGUGGCUCUAAACAAAACCUAUGGCCACCAGAUGUACAGUUUUUAGGAAAAGAUAUACUAAGAUUUCACGCGGUUCUCUGGCCUGCUUUAUUAAUGGCUGUUAAUUUACCACUGCCAAAACGCCUAAUCUGCCAUCAUCAUGUACUUGUGGAUAAUAUAAAGAUGUCUAAAAGUAAGGGGAAUCAUAUUGAUCCAAUUCUUGAACAAUCUGAAUUAUUAUCAGAAGAAGCAAGAAAUCUGACACCUGCUGAUGCAGAUGUUCUUCGAUAUUCGAGAAAUGGCGAGAAAUUGGCCAAUAUAGAACUUGUUAAUUGUGUAGGAAACCUACUUUCCCGCAUCACAUCUGAAGCACUCAAUCCUGAACAGUCUAUUAUGCAGAUCAGUCGUAAGCAGGUUGAUGAUUUUUUCUCUGGUGACGAUUUGGAUGCUAAUUUCCUUAUCAGCCUGGAGGGUAUUUCUCAUCGUUUCGAUCAACUUUGGUGGGAUGAAUUGCAACCUCACAAUGCCAUUGAAGAAGUUUUGAACGUGGUUCGCCUAGCCAAUGCAUUCAUCACUCGACAUAGUCCAUGGACUGAGAAAGUUUCUGUACGGCGAAAGUGUGUACUAUCUGUAGUCGCUGAAUCGUUAAGAGUAUGUGCACUGCUUCUACAUCCUGUCAUACCAAACUUGUCACUUCGGUUAUUAAAUCGACUUGGUCUAUACCAUGAAGGUGGUCAGCAAUCAGAAGUCGACAAUGGAUUACGUGUUCUAGGUCGAGACACUGGAAAAUUCCUCCGUAGACUGUAA